CCGUUAUGGAGGUAAUGAGCUCGGUAAAGGUUGCUAGCCAAGGCAUUCACAUCACAUCAAACUCUGGAGUACUGUGAAGGCUGGCGAUGGAAGCGUCUCUGUUUGCAAGAGCGGCCUACGUGGUCCUGGCACUCUGUCUCGCCGCCACCGAUUCCCAGCUCACAAUAGAGGACCCGGUUGGUCGAGCGGUACCACACCAACGGCUCGCUGCAUCUCUCCUGUAAUUCACCACACACA